UUGCAUCUCAGUCAUUGGUGUGUGGUAUAGCAUUUUUUCGCUGAGAGAAUGUGGAAGAAAGCGACGCUGCCACUGCUGCUGCUGCUGCUGCUCACCGCAUUACUCUUGGCACAGUUGGUCGCAGCGAAAUCAACACUGCCGGCAGCUAGUGCAGAAGACAUCGGUACCAGUAGUAGUAGCACAGAGCGUUUCGUAGAGACCGCACUGGAUAUUAACGACAAAGGCGAUGAAGAUUCCGAAGAAGCAACAGUUGAGACAUACGAAGACGAUGAUGCUGAUGCGGACGAGGGAGAGCGACACGCAGCAGCGAGCAGGACAAAGAAAGCGACACCGCAUUUUGUGAAAACAACGCCAACCGACGAUGAGGUGGGCGAGUUGAGCGAGGAGGAGAGCGCAACGCAUCAAACGCACGGCAAGCACGACGGGCGGCGUUCCGAUAGCGAAGCAGAUGCGCACGACGACGGUAGUGGUGGUAGUGACGAUGACGAUGAUGGUGAUGGUGAUGGUGGUGGUGGUGGUGGUGAAGGUGCCAGUGCCGGUGCCAAUUAUGGUGUUAGUGUUGGUGUUGAUGGGAAUCGUGAUGGCGAAGCUGUUGCUGAUGAAACGAGCGAAGUGUCGCCGCUUAAGCAACGCGGACGCGAUCGGCUCGCAUCUAUAAUGAUGCACGAACUCACACGGCUGAUUGAUUAUGCAUUGGAACAACAGAGAUCGGUCGUCAACCAGUUUCUGCAAGACGAAACCAUUGAGCUGGUGAAGUGUGCGACAAUGGAGGCGGUGAAGCAGAGCUGCAGCUCGUUCAUGGCGGAUGUGAGAGAGGCACUCAAGCUGAACAAAGGAAAUGAUUUUCCAACACAACUGGCACAAUUCGGUGUGAAAACGUUGAUGGCGAGAGAUUUCGAGAGGUUUGUGCAGCGACACAAUACGACGCGCAUAAAGCAGCCGACUGCGGAAAAUGUGAUUAUCGGCAAUGCGCUGCGCAAAGCGGGCGUGUUGCAGAUCGAAGUGGAGUUGCAAAAGCGAUUUGUGGAGUUUGCCAAACUUUUCCACAGCGUCGUCGGCGAAUAUGUCGCUGAGCUGCAGGCGAACGAGGAGCAGCAGCAGCGGUGUACUUUCGAUGAAUCGCUGUUGGAUUGGUAUCGGAAGUAUGCCGCAGCGACGGAUGCUAGCAGUCAAGUGAUUGUGUUGUCCAAAUUUCUGCCGCUCUACAAGGACAUAUACUACAAGAUGAAAAUGGUUGAAGAUGAAGAUUGAGGCGUGAGAAGCAGAAGGCGCAAAGUAAUAUAGUGUUAGUGUUAAAAUCAAAAUUUUUAAUGUUACUACUAAUACUAAAUAAUGUCCUAUGCUGCUAAGUAAAUUAGUAUGUAAUAUGUGUUUUUGCGUGUAAGCAUUGUGCCGUUAGCUCUACCUAUGUAAAUAAAGUAUUAUUAAUUAUUUAGCCUAUAAGUGCCAUACAAUUUUUGCAUUUAAUACUCUUCCAAAUAUUUUUUUUUUUAUUCUUUACUAAUUUUAAGCAGCUGCCAUCGAGUAAUUACAAUAAAAACAAAACAAAAUGAAGAGUAAUAAAUAAAUUAUACAAACAUACAUACAUACAUAUAUGCUUAGCAAAACUCAUAUGUUCAGUUCAGUAAAAUUGUCGCUAAUAAAAUACAUAUAUUUUUAAA